AGUACAAAGUGUUGAAUAACAAAGACAUAACCUCACUUUUUCAACUGUCAAGUGUCAAAAGUUUGUAAAUAAUACAAAUAAUGGCUCAUCACGUAUUAGUAGGUGGUGGCACAGGUUUCAUAGGCAAAGCCCUAUGCACCUAUUUAAAAGGACACUCUUGCGAUGUCACUGUUGUAUCACGUAUGCCAGGACCAAAACAUGUAUCCUGGUUGCAACUUGAGCAAUUCGGUUUACCCGAAGGGAUUACUGCUGUUGUCAACGUUGCCGGACAGAAUGUCUUGGAUCCUACCAGACGGUGGACACCCGGGUUCAAACAGAACGUUUACAGUUCUCGUAUCAACACCUCAAAAUGUUUAGCAAAAUGUAUCAACAAUGCCAAAACUAAACCGAAAGUCUUCAUAGGCAUAACAGGCGUCAGUUCUUAUCCUUUGAACACCGAUAAACCAGUUUCUGAAAAUUUUGAUAAACCUGAAAAACGUAAUUUCGAUUUUAUGAAUCAUUUGUGUGCCGAAUGGGAGCAUGCGCUUAAACUACCACCUGAUUCACCUACACGACAGAUUAUUUUAAGGACUGGUGUAGUUCUUGGUCGUGACGGUGGUAUGAUUAAGCAAUUAAUUUUACCGUUUUGGUUGGGUUUAGGAGGUCCCGUAGGCAGAGGUACACAACCUUUGCCUUGGAUACACAUUGAGGACUUGACGAGUCUUAUUUGGUUUUGUAUACAGGAAGAAAAGCUUAGUGGGAUUGUUAAUGCUGUGUCGCCGCAUGUUAUCACUAAUAAUGAUUUUACACAGGAGUUUGCCAAAGCCCUAUACAGACCAGCCUUUAUCCCAGUCCCCGAGUCUUUACUCAAUCUAAUUUUCAAUGAAGAAAGAGCAUCCCUGCUCACGACAGGCCCCAAAGUAGAGCCCAAAAGAGCCCCCGAA